GGCCCCGGGGGCGCGGCGCGGCUGCGCGUGGGGCGCGCGCUCCGGGACGCCUUCCGCCGCCGGGAGCCCUACAACUACCUGCAGAGGGCCUACUACCAGUUGAAGAAAUUGGAUUUGGCCGCAGCCGCAGCACACACGUUCUUUGUAGCCAACCCAACACACUUGCAGAUGCGGGAGGACAUAGCUAAGUACCGCCGCAUGUCGGGAGUCCGGCCCCAGAGCUUUCGGGAUCUGGAGACACCCCCACAUUGGGCAGCCUAUGAUGCAGGCCUGGAACUGCUGGAGCGACAGGAGGCAGGGCUGGCACUGCCCAGGCUGGAAGAAGCCCUGCAGGAGAGCCUGUCCCAGAUGGAGCGCUGCAGGGCUGACUGUGAGGGGCCUGAGGCGCAGCAGCAGGAGGACGUGGAGGAGGAGGAGGAUGGCGCCUGGAGCCAGGGCGGCCUGUAUGAAGCCAUUGCAGGGCACUGGAUUCGGGUCCUGCAAUGCCGGCAGCGCUGUGUCAGGGACACAGCCACACGUCCUGGUCGAAGUUCCCCUGUCCCAGACUUCCUUCCCAGCCAGCUGAGGUGGUUGCAUGAGGCCUACGCUCAGGUGGGGAAUCUGACCCAGGCUGUGGAAAAUGUCCUCAGUGUCCUGCUCUUCUACCCUGAGGAUGAGGCUGCCAAGAAGGCCCUGGAACAGUACCAGGCCCAGCUAGGAGAGCCGAGACCCGGCCUUGGGCCAAGAGAGGACAUCCAGAGCUUCAUCCUGCGAUCCCUGGGGGAGAAGAGACAGCUCUACUAUGCCAUGGAGCACCUGGGGACCAGCUUCCAGGAUCCUGAUCCCUGGACACCGGCAGCUGUUGUCCCCGAGGCACUGAGAGAAAAGCUCAGAGAGGAUCAGGAGAAGAGGCCUUGGGACCACGAGCCUCCGCAGCCAAGCCCCUUGACCCAUUGGAAGGAUGCCCUUCUCCUAGAGGGAGUAAGCCUGACCCAGGAUGCGGGCCAGCUGAACGGCUCUGAGCGAGCCGUGCUGGACGGGCUGCUCACCCCCGCCGAGUGUGGGCUGCUGCUGCAGCUGGCCACUGAUGCAGCUGGGGCUGGGGCCAGGUCGGGCUACCAAGGCCGCCGCUCCCCUCACACCCGCCACGAGCACUUCGAGGGGCUCACGGUGCUGAAGGCUGUGCAGCUGGCCCGGGCUGGGGCCGUGAGCACUCAGGGUGCUAAGCUGCUUCUGGAAGCGAGUGAGCACUCGCGGGCAGUGACAGAGGCCUACUUCUCCCCGGGGCGGCCCCUGCACCUCUCCUUCACGCACCUGGUGUGCCGCAGCGCCAUAGCCGGAGAGCAAGAGCAACGCAUGGACCUGAGUCACCCCGUGCACGCGGACAACUGCAUCCUGGACCCGGAUACCGGAGAGUGCUGGCAGGAGCCCCCAGCCUACACCUAUCGUGACUACAGUGGAAUCCUCUACCUCAACGAUGACUUCCAAGGUGGGAACUUGUUCUUCACGGAGCCCAACGCGCUGACGGUCACGGCUCAGGUUCGCCCUCGCUGCGGACGCCUGGUAGCCUUCAGCGCUGGUGGGGAGAAUCCCCAUGGUGUGUGGGCUGUGACCCGCGGUCGGCGCUGUGCUCUGGCACUGUGGCACACGUGGGCACCUGAGCACAGGGAACAGGAGUGGGCGGAGGCCAAGGCGCUGCUGCAGGAAUCCGAGAAGACCGAGGAAGAGGAGGAGGAGGAGGAGAAAAUGCCCAGCAGAGGCCCUGCCCCAGAGCCCCCCAGCCCCAGGCUGCAGCGGGUCCAAGGCAAAGCGGGGAAGCCCCCUCGGGUCCGGGAGGAGCUGUGAGGGGCUGUCCCAGCCCCCAAGGAUGUGACUGCCAGACAUGCGGAGGGCUCCGGGGAACAUUCGGAGCCCAACAUCGACUGCUGUCCGUGCAUUCCCACCAUCUGGGGCCCAGGGUCCAGCCCAGGCCAGGCUUCCAAGGACACUGCACUGACUAGCCCAGAGCUCCCAGGCCUGGCCCCACUGACUGGGGAUAUCAUGGCUCCCUGAGCAGAAAUGGCAGAGGGCACAGAACUGCCUACUUUCCACAAGGAGGGGGCGGGGCUGCCUGGUCCCCCUCACCCCAGCCUGCGCAAUAAAGAACAUUCAGACCCCUCCGUGGGGCUCGGU